AUGCGCGCCACUCCGCUCGCCGGCCUCUCUGCUCUGCUGCCCACCGCGCGCGUCGCCGCAGCCACUGCUCGCCCCGGCCUCGCCUCGCCGCUCCGCCAGCGGCGCUGCAACUCCGGCGCGCCGUCCUCGCCUCCCCGUGUUGCCCCGCCGCGCCGGCCACUGCUUUCCAGCGCCGCGCCGCCCGGCCUGCUCGCCCCGCUCGCCGCUCCGCGCUCGCGCUCCCCUGCCGCCCCCGUGGCGCCUCUGCGCCGGUCGCUGUCGCCGGCCACCGCGUCCCUGCGGUUGUGCCCGCUCGCAGCGCUCGGGGCUGCCCCGCCCGCAGCCCCGUUAACCCACACCCGAGUACCCAUCCAUGGCACCAGGAGAAGAUCGCCCCGACCACCUCGUAACCAGCUCGCCGGAGCAGAGCUCCUCCUCCGCCACCCUUGCCCGUUCCCAGCCGGAUCUCGCCAGCAGGGCCCCGUCCCCAUCUCCGGCGCCCCAAGUUCCGCCGCCGCUGCCGUUCCACUGCCAUGGCGCCUCGGCCUCCUCUGCUUCCCGCGUCGCCCAAGUCCCCCUGUCUCGCCGGACCUCCUUCCGCCGUCGCCAAUUCUUGCCUCGAUCUGUCAAUCCCACCGCCGGGAACGACCUCCACCUCCCAGGUCCCCGGCGACCUCACCGUCCGGGCCUCCUCCGCCUCGCCUUCCGCGCAAGUCCCUCGCCGACGCGCCCAGUUCUCGCUGCUGCCGCUGCUUCCUGUCGAGCAGGAGCCUCGACCCCAAGCUCCUCCUCUGCUUCUUCCCGGCGCGCCUCCGCCCCUUCUCCGGCCAAGUCCGGUGCCCCAUGGCCGGAUCCGCCGUCGCCUGCUCGUCGGUAGCCGCCGCCGUGCCCGCGACCCCUGCUUCCUGUCGCCAUGGCGCCGCUACAGUUCUUCUGCAGUUAGAUGCAGCAGCGCUGCAUCGAGCGCACGCCCGCGCCACCACGUGGGCUUCGUCGCCCUUCACCAGCAAGCAGGCCCAGCGCCCCCUUCCAGCCUCCCUCUCCAAGCCGAACGGGCCAAGGCCCACUGGGUGA